AACAGCUCAGAGUGAUUCUUUAUGAAUCUUUAGGAGGUCCCAGAAACACACCGACAUGAGGACAAUGGGGGGCGUCGACCGACACACAGCAGCCAAUCAGGGAGAGUAAUGAAGUCAAGGAGGAAGAGCAGGCGGUCCAUCUCAAGGGUGGCAGAUAUUAACCACACACACACACACACACACACACACACACACACACACACACACACACACACACACACACACACACACACACACACACACACACACACACACACACACACACACAGACACAAGCUUGCACGCAUGCACCCUCACACAUGCAUACAGUCUCACACACACAUAGACACACCCAGGCAGACAUACACACACAAAGGCACAACCACACACAUUCACACACACACACACACACACACACACACACACACACACACACACACACACACACACACACACGCACACACACACACACACACACACACACACACACACACACACACACACACACACACACACACACACACACACACACACACACACACACAACCCAUACACUUGCUGUCGGAUGUGGUUCUCUCUGUACCCUGUCGGUGAACAAUAAUCUGUGGUUGUAAAUAUAUAGGUAACCUCCCAGCCUGAACAGGUCUGAUCUCUGCUCUCCUCAGCGCUGAAUGUGUUCAUUCAUGUGUGAACUCAUCUGAGGCGUAAGAGGGACGGAAACACAUGAAAUGGAGAAGCAGAGUCCUCUCUUCUUCUGCUUUCAACCGCUCCUCUCCGGCCACCGUGUCGACAGCCCGUGACUCACGUCUGGAGGAAGCGAUGACUCGGGGGCUUCGGGCUCGCUGUGAACAUUAAGUCUCUGCAUCGCUGGCCGACGGCAGGAAGAACCGCGCUGAAGGAAACAGGUUAUUUUUGGUGCGACGGACAUAAGGAUAAGUUGUUGUGUUCAGAGCCUGCACUGCACUCGCUCUGCCUAUUCUGCCAAGAGCAGGGUUUGGAUCCCAGUCUAGGUUCAGGUCUGGGUCUGGGUCUGGAUCUGGUUCAGGGUCUGGGUCUGGGCCUAGGUCAGGGUCUGGCCACCCAGCCUACGGGCCAUGUGAGAUGGAGCUGAGCUCGUGCACAGAGGACCGGAUCCACCAUGCCCUCCAGCGGUGCCUUGCGGGCCUGCACCGCGACGCCCCCAACCAGGACUUCUGGAACGCCGGUCUGAGUCUGAACCGUUGGGGUCUGGAGGAGCUUCUGAGAAGGGAGGAGAAGAACUCAGUGAUCCUGCUGCAGCACCUCCUCACCAAGACCCAGGAGGUGUUGGAGUCCAGUCAGUAUGAGCUGGUGGUGCCUCUGACCCUGCUGUUCUCCUCCACCCUCCUCGAGACCUCCCAUUGGGUUCCAGAAGGUUCAGUUCUCCAGAAAGCCUACAGCCUGUUCCACAGCUUCCUGUCGUGGCCCCAGCCCUGCAGCUUGGCCUCCAGGCGGCUGCUGAAGGUGCUCUCCACGGAGCUCCGCGCUCCAGGUAUCUCUUUUCAGAGGCUGGUGAGAGAAGAGCAGUGGCUGAAUUCAGGGAACCACCACGCUAAGACCAUCACGGUGCUGCUGGGUGGCGGGGGGGAGGCUGGGCCCCCAGACGUCCGGGCCCUCUCCGACCACCUCCAGCGGGGGGGGAUGACCCCGCGGGCCGCCGCUGUCCACCUUGUCUCCCACGCCGUCCGGGCGUCGCUAGGCAACGCGUAUGCCCCGCGGCAGCUCCAAGCCGCGCUGCAGGCCAGAGGAGAUGAGGAGCUGCAAGAGGUGCUCGCCGUGGUGACGGACAGCAUGGAGACGGCCGCGUCCUCAGGGGCGCAGCCUGAGACCGCCAGGCGGGCUCUCAUGGGGCAGAUGGAGCAGCUAGCCCAGAGCCUCGGGCUUGGUAGCUCCCAGGCUAACGGCGGCGAGGUCAGCAAAGGGUCGCCUCGCAGCGCCGAUAACCUCUCCGGAGAAGGGGACGAAGGUCCUGAGGAUGUGCUCCAGCUGCCGUUUGCCAAAUGCCACGUGUGUCCCUGGGAGAAAGACAACUUUGAUAAUCUGAGCUCCAUCCUGGCCCACGUUGUCCACCACGACCUGGCGCCCGACCUCUACUACGACUCAGAGGAGGAGCAGAAGGAGGAGGAGGGGGAGGAGGAGGAGGAGGGGGGGAGGAACGGAACGGACGACACGGCGGUCCGAGGGGAACCGGCUGAAACCGGCCGGAGCAAGAAGGAGGCCCGGCUGAACCGGUUCUCCAGCGGCUCCUCGUCCUCCCGGGAUUCGGGGCUGUCCUCCAGCUGGUCUGUCCCGUCGCGCUCGCCCCGGUUGUCGGGCGUUGACAGCGACCUCACCGGGGAGGUCGUCGUGGAGACGGAUGACGGCUCUGCCUCCGGCGCGGCGGCGGCGGAUCGAAGGAAGCCCAAGAAGAAGUCUCAUUCGCUGCUGAGGGUGGAGCGACUGGCCCUGAUGUUCAAGACCCCUCGCAGCCCCACGGCUGGCCGCCGGCCAAUCAGCACUGGGGCCGACGGGACCCUCUGGGCCGAUCCGCCCAACAGCCCCCGCUUCAAACGCUCCAAGUCCCUCCCCCGCCAGGUGCGCAACCCCCCCCGCAGCCCCCGCGCCCCCCCCGCCCCCCCGCUGGGGGACCGUCCCGUGUGUGUCCGGCGCCGCCCCAUCCUGAGCUGCGAUGAGGCAGAGGGGGAGGAGCCCCCGAGCCACACCCUGGUGCGGGUGGUGGUGCUGGGGGGCGACCGGGAGCUGGGGCGCCUGGCCCGGGCGUACGGCCGCCUGCAGCGCAGCGAGCGCAGGACCCCCAGGCUCACCCGGAGGUGCCGGCUCCAUUUCUUCUUCGUGCCGGCCCGGAGGCCGAUGGGGGAGGGGCCCGCGCCGGGCGACGGCCCGACGGAGGCUCCGCCCCGGGCCACGCCCACCUCGGAUCCCCCCGGACCCCCCCAGCAGGAGGCCUCCACCGACGUGGCCCACCUCCUGGGGCUCAUGGACCCCUGGUACCAGCGCAGUGUCCUGAGCCUGCUCAGCCUGUCCUCCACCAUCCUGUACCAGACAACAGCGACCACAGACGAUGAGGUCACAGGAAGCAGCAGCAUGGAUCGUCUCCCCCUAUUGGCUGACCUGCUGCUGUACUACUGUAGACAUGCCCACCAGCCAGCCCUGCUGCAGCUCUACAGGGCAGAGUUGACGCUGGCGGGGGGGGCCCGGGUCAGGGAAGUGUUCCUCUACUCUCUGGAGCUGGGAAACACGGCUGGAACCCGGGCGGUGCGGGCCAUGGGCGCGGCCAGCAAGCGGUUCGGUAUCGACGGCGACCGGGAGGCGGUCCCACUGACACUGGGCGUGGUCUACAACCAGGUGUCUGUGGGGGGGAGGGGCCGCUGGACGGAUGCGGGGGAGGUGGUCUGCACCUCAAUCAACCUCCACAAGGCCUGCAGGAGGCCGGAGCUGGUCGACCUUGGCGUGGAGAACCUCCUGCUGAGCAUGACCGAGGUCCUGAAGAGGCAGUCAACCCGCUCCAAGAUGGCGGUCAACCGGCUGUGUGUGUCUGAGGUGCGGGUGGACCGGGUGUGUGUGAGGGGCCGCGGCGGGACCACCUUCGCCGUCUGCCUGGACCAGGAUGAGAAGAGGAUCAUUCAGGGGGUCAGCAGGUGCGACGUCUCCCUCUGCUGUAAACCAGGAAGCAGCACUGAUUGGCUGUCCCACCGGCCACUCCCGGGCCGCGUCAGACCCCUUCACCCCGCCUACUGCUCCAUGCUCUGCCUCCCCGUCAACUCCUUCACGGCCUCCCCCCACUGACCCCCCCUACCCCCUGCCGGCCGGCGACGCCUCGGACACCGCUGACCGCCCGGAACACCGUGGACCGUCCGGAACACACCGGACGUUCCUGGAGAACAAGGAACACUCAGAACAUCCUGGGAAGGACCGAGAAGGCUCCAGAAAGAUCUGGAACGGAACCACACUGGAGAACAUUAGUGUCUGCUGCCAGUCGGUGCUCCGAGGUUCUGGUCGAGUGUUGUUGGAAGUUCAUAGUUGGUAGGUGAGAAGAACUUCAUGGAGAACAUUGGAACGUUCUUGGGAGUUCUGUAGUGUUGGGUUGGAGCUCAGGUCCACUGGGAUCCCCUGCUCCUCACCCUCACACUCAGGGAGAGGAAGGUUACCACACCGUAACCAGUGUUAAACUCUAAUCUGUCUGUUUAAACUGGACUUCAAUCCGUUACUCUCCUCUUCAUCAUGGACUUCGGUUUAUUUAGCUUUAAGUCAUCGGUCUACAAACAAAGAGCCUCGAUAAACCUUAUUGCCUUCAGAGACAUCCCAUAAUAUGCCGUUCAUUUCAUCUGAUUCUGGUCAGCUAUAUUUGCAGCAAAAGAUUUUUUUGUUUGAACAACCGAAUGACAGACAAGAUUCAUUCAUACAAGAUGCAAAAUGUACAUUUCGUAAUAUAAAAGCUAAAUUAUGUUUAAAUUUUAAAGAAAUAAGGACUAAGCCGUCAAGUGAUGUUAAAACAAUUUAAUGUAAUGUAUUAAUAAAGAGGAGAAUAGAUUUAAGUA